CUGAAUCUUGCGGCCGCGUCGAACACGGCCACUUCUUUUUCCCUCUCUCUUCUUUUUCCCCCUCUCUUCUUCUCACACUAUUCCUUUCCAUAAAAAUCUCUGUAAUUCCGCAUUCCACUUUUUCUAUUUCUGGGAUAAAUAUGGGCCCUGCAGAAAUUGUGGAUUUAUCCAGUGAUGAUGAAAGUGAAACAGUUUGUUUGAAAGCUGUUAAGUUGGAGGGAGAUUUUGUUACGGAUAAGAGAUAUCAAAGUCAUACUACUCGACAAGAUUCUGAAGAAAAUCUAAGUUCUACUGGUCCAAGUACAGGUCAUAGUAACUCCAGUGUAUUGGAACAGGGACCAUCGCCUGUUGAUGACACAGGCAUUUCUUAUGUGUCACCCAUUGGUGCAGCACCCUUGUGCAGGCAGUUUUGGAAAGCUGGAAACUAUGAUGAUAGGAUUGGUUCUAAAGUCACAGUCCAAAAUGCUAAAAGUUAUCUACACGUGCACCCCAUGUUCCUUCACUCAAAUGCAACUUCCCAUAAGUGGGCAUUUGGUGCCAUAGCGGAGCUUCUUGAUAAUGCAGUUGAUGAGAUCCAAAGUGGGGCUACCUUUGUCAUUGUAGAUAAAACUUCAAAUCCAAGGGAUGGGAGUCCAGCGUUGUUGAUUCAAGAUGAUGGUGGUGGAAUGGAUCCAGAGGCAAUGCGUCGUUGCAUGAGUUUUGGAUUUUCAGAUAAGAAGUCACAGUUUGCUAUUGGACGGUAUGGAAAUGGCUUCAAGACCAGUACUAUGAGGCUUGGUGCAGAUGCCAUAGUCUUCAGUUGCCAUCUAAAUAAUAGGAUUUUGACUCAAAGCAUUGGACUUCUGUCAUAUACGUAUUUGACACAAACACAGCUUGACAGAAUUGUAGUGCCCAUGGUGAAUUAUGAAUUUGAUACAUUCACUGAAUCAUUGAAAGUAUUAAAUGGAAAUGAGCAUUUUAUGUCUAAUUUAUCCUUGCUGUUGCGCUGGUCACCAUAUUCAUCAGAGGCAGAUCUGCUGAAACAAUUUGAUGACAUUGGACCUCAUGGUACUAAAGUUAUUAUCUACAAUUUGUGGUGCAAUGAUGAUGGGAGUUUGGAGCUAGACUUCGAUACAGAUUCUAAGGAUAUUCGUAUUGCAGGGGAUAUCAAGCGUAUUGAUACACUUAAAGCCUGGAAGAGUAUAAAUGAGAAUCACAUCGCUAAUCAGUUUCGUUACUCAUUACGUGUAUAUUUGUCCAUAUUGUACUUGAAGAUCCCAGCACGUUUUCAAAUUAUGUUGCGAGGGCAAGUUGUGAAGCUGCACAACAUUGCUGAUGAUCUUAAAUAUCCUCAAUUUGUUAAAUAUGCACCACUUAUUGACGGAUCUGCAACGGGAACAACUUUGACAGUCACAACAAUCGGGUUUCUUAAGGAAGCUCCUCAAGUCAAUAUCCACGGUUUUAAUGUAUAUCACAAAAAUCGGCUUAUCCUGCCAUUUUGGCAGGUUGUAAGCUAUUUAGACAGUAGAGGUAGAGGAGUUGUUGGUAUCCUGCAGGCAGAUUUUAUUGAGCCAACACAUAACAAACAAGAUUUUGAGAGAACUUCCUUGUUUCAAAAGCUUGAAGUGCGAUUGAAGCAGAUGACAUGGGAAUACUGGGAUACACAUUGUACAUUGUUUGGAUACAAAGAAAAGAGGAAGAUUAAACCUGGGAUUACAUCAAUGCAAAAACCAGUGGUUGUAGAAAAACCAGUUGUAUUGAACAAACGUUCGUCCUCUCUUUUCAAUGCAGAAGCAUACGGGAAUUCCUUUCAGUGUUCCAAAAGUCUGCAAAGAUUGGACCAAGGUUCUCAGAAUAAGAGGAAGCACACACAUGAACAGGUAAACCUUCUGGAUACACAAAAGCUUGCGAGGACAGAUAUUGUAACCAGUGUUGAGUUUAAUCAGAAUAAACAGACCACUGCAACUCCAGCCGGCCCAGUGGAAGACCAGAAGAAUUUACAUUUAAUUCAACAAAAUGAGAAACUGCGUGCGAAAUGUCUAGAAUUUGAAAAGACGGGAGAAGAACUUAAUCUCAAGGUGGCGAAUCUUAAAAGUAAAAUACAAAAAGCCCAAGAUGAGUAUAAACGACUUUUGGCAGAAGCAAAGGACCUGGACGUGAAAGAAGAGUAGUUGUGCAGGUGUAACUUUUUCUUUAACUCUUGGUUUGUAGAAAUGUUGUAUGUAUAGGCUAAUCCUUCUUGAAGUCUGGGGCUCACUAGGUUUUGAAGAAUUGAAAAGGAUGAUAGGGUCUGAGUCUUUGUUUUUCAGGCUUCCUAUUCCUGUAUCAUGUACAUGUACAUGCAAGUGAGCCACAGCAAUCGGAACUUCACUUCCACCUCUUGUAAAGUACUUUUCAAACUUUAAAUAUAACCCAUUCAUCUUUUCUUUUCA